ACCAAACUGUUUUUGUGUCGUUUUUACGACCCACAAAAAAACCAGAAGAAUUGGAUCGAUUUGUACUAAUACAAUCUCCCCCUUUUCUUCCAGCUGUGGUCCCCGUUCGGCUGAUGAACAUGAAGAAGGAGCUGCAACGGCUCACGCUGAAGGUUCGCAACGAGGCUCCCGAGGAGGAGAGUCUGGCGAAAAUCCGUGCCCUGCGUCGCGAGCUCAAAACGCUGGACGACGAGUUCCGGCAGUUUACGGCAGCGACACCAACGUCGAAGCCUCGCGUGCGCGGCUUCAUGUUCCCGAUCAACAACGAGGACGACCUCGAGCGGCUGGAGUCGACCGUGAUCACGAAUCCGCAAAUUCGGAACCAGUAUAUCGACUACCUGGCUUUCAUAAAACCGGUACGCCAGAGCGUGCAGCAAACGUUCAGCAAGUUCUUCACCGACCAGUGUAUGACAAACUACAACUGGCAUGGCCUGGAGAAGGUGUCCUACCCGCGAACCCCGAAAAGACCCAUGCAAAAGUACGAAAUCUUCAACAGCUGCAUGAUCGAGGCCUGGCAAAGCCACGGAAUCGACCAGGAAAUGCUCGUCGAGCAGCUGAAAAAGGCCGUGUACGCCAUCAGCCGCCGGCGCUACACCAAGAACCAGGCCAUCAGGAAGAAAAAUCGGCUGAAUGAAGAAAGUGCUGCGCUGCUAAAUGAUGACGGAACGCCACAACAAGUCGAAGAAGUAGAGACAAGCGAAGAGAUAGUGAUGUGAAGAACUGUCUUGACGGCAAACUGAACGAAGUCGGUCUGGCCGACUUUUUCAUCGCGUCAAAAAAACCACGGCUACUAGGUUGGCCAGGCCGACUUUGCCGUGUUUGCCGCAGAGAGGAUUCGUUGCAAUCUGAUGAAAAGUCCUAAGCUGCUCUAAAUUACUUUUUUUUUGGGUUAAUUAAAGAUUAAUUCUUGACAA